AGCAACACUUGCCCACUAAUGUCAAAUCCGUAGGUAUGUGCUCUACUGGAAUAUUUUGAGAUAUUUUUAUAUUUGACUAUGAAAAUUGCUUAAAUUCAUGCGUAUUAACAAAGUUGUCGCAGAAAUAAUGAAGUGGAGUUAUAAUUGACAUGUAAAUAGUUGAAUUAUUAGCGUAAUACGGUAGAUCCACCGCCUGCUACCACCGAGGACGCUAGGCUGUGUAUUCGUCAAUUUUAGCCGUGUAUAAGCUAAUUUACGUUAGUUAACUUAUUGAAAAAGUAACUAAUAUGUCUGGCGGGAAAAGAAAGCCACCCGGCUUCAACUUCAAGAAGGAGGAGGAAGUGACGGUUACGCCUCCUCGUAACUUGGACAAGCAGACUACUAUAACUGUGGACGAUAAAACAUUUACGGUGCAUGCUGAUGAUCUAGUCAAGAUCUGCGACUUAGGCCGCGGCGCGUACGGCAUCGUCGAGAAAAUGCUGCACCGGCCCAGCAACACCACCAUGGCUGUCAAGCGAAUCACAGCAACAUUUAACACACAGUCCCAAGAGCUGAAGCGGCUGCUAAUGGACCUGGACGUCUCCAUGCGCGCCAGCGCGUGCCCCUACACCGUGCACUUCUACGGAGCCAUGUUCCGCGAGGGGGACGUCUGGAUCUGCAUGGAAGUCAUGGACAUGAGCCUCGACAAGUUCUAUGCUAAAGUCUACAAGAACAACCGGACUAUACCUGAGAACAUACUUGGUAAAAUAGCUUUCUCUGUUGUCAGCGCCUUGCACUACCUCCACUCAAAACUCAAGGUAAUCCACAGAGAUGUGAAGCCUUCUAAUAUAUUGAUCAAUAGAAAGGGAGAAGUCAAAAUGUGCGACUUCGGUAUAUCGGGUUAUUUAGUUGAUUCUGUUGCUAAAACUAUUGAUGCAGGAUGCAAACCAUACAUGGCUCCCGAGAGGAUUGAUCCUACGGGCAAUCCCGGCCAAUAUGAUAUACGUAGCGAUGUUUGGUCUUUAGGAAUAUCAAUGAUAGAACUAGCUACUGGUAAAUUCCCGUAUAAUACCUGGGGCACGCCAUUUGAGCAGUUGAAACAAGUGGUCAAAGAUGACCCGCCCAGUCUUCCAAAAGAUCAAUUUUCAGCAGAGUUUGAUGACAUGAUCACACAGUGCCUGAAGAAAGACUACAAGCUGAGGCCCAACUAUGACGCCUUGCUCGCUCACCCGUUCUGUCAAGAGCACAGUCAGAAAGAGACAGACGUCUGCUCUUUCGUCAUAGAGAUAUUAGACUUGCCCGAAGACUCCUAGUACCGGCGAAAAUAUUUUCUUACCUCUAAGUACAAGUGUUUAGUUACUAACAUUAGCGUAGGAACGGAAAAUGCAAUUAAAAAUUGUUAUUAACAAAUGUAACUAGUGUUGAUUUGUAUUAAUCAUGUAAUUAGCAUAGUUAACGAGGACGUCGAACGAAACGAUCGCCGAUGACUGCUGUGUAUAAUGUACAUCACAAAUUACCUACUUAGUCUAAAUAAACGAUGUAUUUGUUUCGA